UCCUCACUUUGACGCUGCUGUUCACAGAGUGCCCUUACAACUACGUCAGUGCGGGUGUAGCUCUCCUCACGAGAUCAGGGUCAUUAGAAUAGAAGUUUUCGUUACGUGAAUUCCGUUGCCCACCAUGGCAGAUUUCAGUGAUAAGAGUGAGAUAAUUGUUCCAAACGGGAGUCGCUUGUUUAGUUUUCCCAAUUUGAACGAACGCUUGCAGCGCGUUGCAGCGAAGGAACUCAAGGAGAAUGAGUUUGUGCGAAAACAGUCACUGGAGCAGAUGCGCGAAUGGAUCGCCAAAAAUCGACGGAUUAAAAACUGCCGCACGGACGAUCGGUUCCUGCUGCGAUUCUUACGAGUCAAAAAAUUCUCGGUGAUGAAAGCGUGUGAAAUGUUGGAAAAAUAUCUCACCAUGAGACAGUCCUAUCCGAAAUGGUGUAAGAAUCUUGACCCGUUGGACAAAGAUCUGCAGCAAGUUCUAGAUUACUGCGCAUUGGUUCCGGUCGGUCGUGACAGUGAAGGUCGGAUAGUGAUCAUGGGGGUCGUUCGGAAUUUUGACGCUCAAAAGCACAACUCCGAUCAAAUGAUCCGCCUCAACAUGGUCGUGACAGAAUCGUUGUUCGACGACGAAGCCAACCAGAUUGCCGGUUUCACGCACGUGUUCGACAAUACCGAUAUGACACUGGCGCAUGUCACCUGCUGGUCGCUGGAAAACAUGACUGGCUAUCUGCGCAGCGUCGUCAAUGCCGUCCCGAUCCGGCUGAAGCAAAAUCAUUUCGUCAAUGUUCCCGGCUUUGCCGCGCAACUGAGCAAGUACUGCCUGUCUUUUGCCAGCGAUAAGCUCAAAUCACGAAUUUAUUGUCACCGAAACGUCGAUGAUCUGAAGCGGAACAUCGACGAGAAGCUGCUGCCUCGGGAGUAUGGCGGGGAAGUACCGCUGGUUGAGCUGAACGAGCGGUUCAAACGAUAUCUGAUGACAAAACGGGAAAUGCUACUGGCACUGGACGAGAUGGAAAUCCAGUUGACCGAUCAGGUGGAAACGGUGCACGGGAGUGUGGAUAUCGUGGACGCUGGAGCGAUUGGCAGCUUUAGGAAGCUGCAGAUCGAUUAGAACGCCAGGUUGGGUGGUGAUUUUUGUUUUUUGUUUACCUCGCCGUUGUCUUAUCUGUUGUGAUACGUAUACAAAUAGACUAGUAGACACUUUCUGUGGGUCUUAUCAGAGAGUGGCAUUAUUUAGCAUCCGUGACAAAAUGAUUUUGUUUAUCAUAAGUGCAAAUUUGAAUAUAAAAUGGUUCAGCCAAAACAGGAUAUUACGACAUCAGAGAAU